CGUCAAUGCAAACUUGGAUUGAUCGUGCGUUCGCGUAUUUCAUUUCUUAGGCAAUGAUACAUCUGUGCAUGUAAUUAUUAUUCAUUUGAUUGCCAUAAAAGUAAGAAAUAACAAUUAAUUGUUGUAUUGUCCAAAGAAUGUCCCAAGAAGAUUUCUAAAUAACUUGACGUGUCGAAUCUGCUGUCAUUGCUUGAUAUAUAUCAAUAGAAAGAGGUCUUAUUGUUUUUAUCACUUUUGGUUGAUUUAAAAAAAAAAUCCAAAGAAAUACGCGUCUUAUCGUUUUUGGAAAAUAUACGCGAGCGGCUGGUAUGUACUUUCGGUAGCGCUGAGACUGUCAUAAAUAAUUGUCUACUCAUUCAGCCUCUUGAUACCCUUGUAUAUUCUUAUUGCUCAUUUGGGUUAAUUAAUAUUGUUGAAUCAUCGGCAUUGAUGGUUCAGUUCUUAAUCAUUCCUGUACAUUAGUUUUUGAUUUAAUCUUUGUUUACCUCUGUUUGCAUAUUUUUUUCUUCUUAUUCAUUUAUUACCUUCUACAUGAGUAUCGAUUAUAUAUUCACUGCAGUUUUCGAUCCUGAUCAAGGCCCUGUUUUGCAAUACCAGUUUCCUCGAACGGGUCACUAUGAUUUCCGAUUCCUUGCAGAAGUAAUGUUACCAGAUAGGAUUCAUGAACGAAAUGAGGAUUGGCUUCAAUUUUUUCUUCAUUUUCAUGAGGAUCUUCAGUCGUUUUCUCUUUUUCCUUCGGUUACCAAGGCUAUAAAAGGGCCAGACGGCUCUAAAGUUUAUCAUGUUCUGAAUGUUAUUCAUACAAAGCGGGAGCAAUUAGCUAAACGAAAUGGUACGUUAUCUGCAAUGGCUAUUUGCACUUCUUUUCCUCACGUCCAAGUGUUGAAGCCGUUAUUGGAUAGUGCUUGGAAACGUUUCGAUGCUUCACCUUCUUCCUUAACCUUAGAGCAUGUGUUUAAAGAACUCUGCAGUUACGAUUUUAAUUCAUUUACAUUAGAUGUCUCUUUAAAUUCUUCGGUUAUACUGACACUAAACGACUUCCACCGGUAUAUCAAUUCAGAAUCCCAAAGUCAAAAAUCAUUAAUGAGAACUGCCAGUCAUUCUCGCUCCUUUCAUAGUUCUGACAAAAAAAUUCCGCCUACAAAAGUUUUACUGAGUAGUUCGACAUAUGGUAAACCAGGAACCAUUACCUGUGAAGUCCCUACUGUCUUCCUACCCGAGUGUGUAGGUGAAUAUGAUAUAUCCAAUCUAAUUCAAACAUUUAUCAACAGUUCUCUUCCUCUAUCGAAAUAUACUUCCAGUCUGCCUAUUGAUGAAGCUCAUACGAAUCCAAUUAUUGUUCUUAUAAACUCUCUACUUCUUCAAAAGCGAGUACUCUUUCUCACUAGCAAGCUUCCAGCCCAUGUGUUAACCUCCUACGUGUUAUCUGCUAGCGCGUUGGCUUCUGGAGCUUCGGGCUUAUUACAAGGGUACUUAAACAUGACUUUCCCAUAUGUGGAUUUAUCGAAUGUCGAUGAGUUAUUAAAGCUUCCAGGUUACAUAGCAGGAGCAAUGAACCCGACGUUUCAAUAUCAUCAAGAUUGGUGGGAUUUACUUUGUGAUUUAGAUAAUUGCAUCAUCCACGUAUCGCCUGAACUAACAAAGAAAAACAUGAGCUUUAGAAAUCUGGAAUUAAUUGCUUCAGUACCUUAUAAUCAGCUUUCUUCAAUUAACAAGUUGAAGGAACAUACCGAACAACAGUUGAUAAGUGAUCUACAAAAAAUGUUGAUUCAUCGGAACAAAGAAUUACUUGUUCGUUGGAGAAUUCGAAGUUACUUGUUAUCGUUCAUUAGAAAAGCAGUAAGCUACGAGUACAUGUUCUUGGAAUCAUCUCCACUUAAUCCCCAUAUAGAAAAAUACAAAGUAGAAGGAUUUGGUUGGUUUUGGCCAGAUCGUACUUCUGGAGUGAAUGAAUUAUCCCUCAUGGCCGGGAAAUUUGAGGAAUGGAGAAAAACCAAAUCUUACGAAAAUUAUUGUCAUAGGAUGGCAAACACAGACAUAUCAGUAGCAUUAUAUAUGGAUGUUUCUUACCAUUUAGAUAGACUUCGUCUUCAGGCCGUGUCCUCUGCAGAAGCAGCUCGCAUUUACUUGGCGCUCGAACAGUAUAUACAGACAGACGAAGAUAUAACUUAUUUACUCAGUUUAUGCCCGCUCCACGAAGGGGGAUUAACUAUAAUAUCGUACGGACUUUAUCAUAUAUCAACCAUUGUCCGUGAAAAAGUUGUGAAAUUAUUAGAAAAAGUGAGUCGACAUAAGUAUGGACAAAUUUUUUUUUCAUGUUUGUCAGAAGUUGAUAAACUAAUGUAUGCUUCAAUAAAAUCUUACUUGGAGUAGUUCAACUUAAUAGUUUUCUACGACACUUCUUGAUAGAUUGGGAAAACAAAAGAAAGGCAAAAGGUUUAUAUAAUAAUAAUAAUAAUAAUAAUUUUAAUAAUUCAUUGUGAGUUCCUUCUUAUGAUA